UGACGUCAUUGCGCUGUUUAUGUGUUCUCUUUUCCGGGGGUCCUGCGUCGUGCUCGGUGUUAAAGUGCACGUGGGCCCCAUAUUUUCUCGAAAAUGGCGCAGUAUAACUUUAAGAAGAUCGAGGUGGUCCCAACCGCCAAGGAUUUUAUAGACAUCACUCUGUCAAAGACACAGAGAAAGACCCCCACUGUCGUUCACCGGCACUACAAGAUAUCCCGUAUCCGACAAUUCUACAUGCGCAAAGUGAAGUUCACUCAGCAAAACUUCCAUGACCGCAUGAGCAAGCUGCUCUCGGACUUCCCCAAGCUGGAGGACAUUCAUCCGUUUUACGCUGACCUGAUGAACGUCUUGUAUGACAAGGAUCACUACAAGCUUUCGUUGGGCCAAAUAAACACGGCGCUUCACCUGAUCGACAAUGUUGCGAGGGAUUAUGUACGGUUGCUCAAGUACGGCGACUCCCUCUACAGAUGCAAGCAGUUGAAGAGGGCAGCCCUCGGAAGGAUGGCAACCAUCAUGAAGAGACAGAGUCAGAGCUUGCAGUACCUGGAGCAGGUGAGGCAGCACCUUUCUCGUCUGCCGUCCAUCGAUCCCAACACCAGGACGCUGCUCAUAUGUGGGUUCCCCAACGUUGGCAAAUCCAGCUUCAUCAACAAGAUCACACGUGCUGAUGUAGAGGUGCAGCCUUAUGCCUUCACGACAAAGUCGCUGUACGUGGGACACACGGACUACAAGUACAUCCGCUGGCAGGUGAUUGACACUCCAGGAAUCCUGGAUCACCCGCUAGAAGACCGUAAUACCAUUGAGAUGCAGGCUAUCACAGCCCUUGCACAUAUACGGGCAUGUGUUCUGUAUCUCAUGGACCUCUCGGAACAGUGCGGACACACCAUUGAAGAGCAGAUGAAGCUCUUGUUCAACAUCAAGCCACUGUUUGCAAACAAGCCUUUCCUUGUAGUUGUCAACAAGGUUGACAUUGUCAGGCCAGCUGAUCUCGCGCCUGAAGCCAAGGCCCUUUUUUCGAAGUUGGCUGAAGAGUCCAUUCCUGUGCUGGAGAUGAGCACUGUGACUGAAGAAGGCGUGGCCGAGGUACGCAACGAGGCCUGCGACCGCCUGCUAGCCCACAGGCUGGAGGUGAAGAUGCAGGGCAGGAAGAUUGAGGGCAUACUGAACCGCCUGCAUGUUGCCAUACCCACCCCCAGAGACAGCAAGGAGCGACCACCAUUCAUACCUGAAGCGGCACUUCAGAAGAAAAUGGAGGCAGAUGGAGCUAAAAAGAAACUGGAACGAGACAUCGAGGCUGAACUUGGGGAUGACUACAUAUUGGAUCUUAAGAAGAAAUAUGACCUGCCUGAAGAUGAGAAGUACGACGUUAUUCCCGAGAUUUGGGAAGGACACAACAUUGCCGACUACAUUGAUCCCGAAAUUUUCGAGAAACUGAAGCAACUGGAAGCAGAGGAAGAGUUGCGGGAGCAGGCAGGCUUCUACGACUUCCCCGAGAGCGAGGAAGAUGAAGAAAUGAAAGAAAUCAGGAGCCUUGCUCGACAGAUUCGAAAGAAGAAGGCCAUUCUGGCAAUCAACUCGAAGAUAGACAACACCACGAAACCAAAGGUUUCUAGGCCUAUAAUGAAGAAGAGGGAACGUAGCGUGAGCAGGCUGCGCUCGGAAAUGUCUGAUCUUGGUGUGGAGCUCGACAAGGGCAAGACACACUUCAAGCGAGCUGCAUCUGAAGUGAGAACACCGAGACCUUUGAAGAGGAAGCGGGAGGACAGUGAAGGUCGUGUGCGCAGCAGCUCGAGGACACCAAGGGAUCAAUCGGGUAUCCGCGAUGCCAAGAUGAGAACAAAGGUGAAGAAGCUGAACAAGAAGGCUCAGCGGACAAUGAACAGGCAGGCCAGAAAGGGAGAGGGUGACCGCACAAUUCCUAGCCUCCGGCCCAAGCACCUGCUGGCCGGCCGAAGAGGCGUCGGCAAAGCAGAUCGCCGGUGAAACUGGCCUUGCGGGGCUCAGCUGCUAUACUUUUGUGCAGUGUUGUUUAUUUACAACAUAUUUUGUUAGAGAAAUAUAAAGUAAGAACUGCUGCCAUUAA